AUGCCUUCCGACAUCGAAAGUGAAACGGAGAAGAGCGUCGACUUGACGCAAACUCCAUGUGAAAUAUGCGGUCCAUCGACAUGCGACGAGCCGAUGAUCGGAUGCGAUGGAUGCUUCCUCUGGUUCCAUUGCCGUUGUGUGGAAAUCCAGGUAGAGCAUGCCCCGAAAAAGUGGUACUGUCAAAACAAGGAUUGUCAGGAGAAAGCCCAGCAGAUGAAGGAUGCCAAGAAGUCGUCUCGAAGUCGGAAAACAACCGAAGAGUCGGACAAAUCGAAGAAGGGAUCCUCUCUCGUAGAUGCGAGGGUGAAAGCACUGGAAGAGAAGCAGAAGAAACAGCUUCAGGAGCUAGAGGCGGAAAUAACGCUAAAGAGGAAGGAGAAACAGUUGCAGCGCGCGUUUGAACAGAAGAAGAUGGAGAUGGAGUUGAAAAUGCGCGCCGAAGAAGAAGAACAGCAGAUGGUGUUCCAGGAGGAAAUGCUUCGGAAAAAGCAAGAGCAGAUCGAUCGAAUGAAGGCGAACCAAAGGGCGUUCGAAAAGAAGAUGGCGGAUCUGGAUAAAGAGUUGGCGAAGUUGUCGACAAGCAAGGUGCCGAAAUCCACGCCGAAGAAGGCCGAUGAAGGUAAAGCACGAUCGUCCGGUGCAGGAAACAAGUCGUUGAAGCUGACCAAAGCAAACGUAAAGAAGCUUGCCGAAGAAUUCGAGAACGGUGGUGCAGGCGGUGCGGACAGUGAAGAGGACGGGGAGCAGAGUGAAACCGAGGACGAGGAAGAUGCUGAUAGCGAAGAAGACGAUGAAGAGGAGGACGAAGAGUCUGAAGUGUCCAGUCCGUCGGUGAAGAGCAAACCGACAAAGAAGAAAAGUGGGAAAGAAGUGAGUCAACAGCGGGUAGGACCGACAAAGGCUCAGCUAGCUGCGAGAAAGGGGUUGACCUUUAAACUUCCGAAGUUCUCGGGCAAACCUUCGCAAUGGCCUCUUUUCUAUGCGGCCUACAAAACGUCAAACGAGACCUGUGGCUAUAUGAACCACGAGAACCUAAUGAGAUUGCAGGAAUCCCUCGAAGGCGAAGCUCUCGAAUUGGUAUCCGGUCAACUACUCCUCCCUGAGUCGAUUCCGCGAGUUAUCGAGAAGCUGCGUCGCCAUUACGGUCGUCCGGAACAACUACUACAGAAUCUUCUGGACAAAGUUAACCAACUGGAGCCACCUAAGCCAGAUAAUCUGCGUAGUUUCGUUCCUUUCGGGAAUGCCGUGGAACAACUUUGCGGACACUUAGAAGCCGCGGAUCUUCGGCAACAUCUCAUCAACCCGUUGCUCAUCAAGUCUUUGGUCGCCAAGCUUCCUGAUCGGGAAAAACGAGAGUGGGUGCGUUACCGGAAGACCAAAGGAGAGCCGACGCUUCGCACUCUGACGGAUUUCCUUAUGGAGAUUGUCGAAGAUGCCUGUGAGGCAGAUGUCGACGUAAAUCUCAUGCCAGCGUACCAGUCCAAAACCGGGUCGUCGUCAUUCGCAAAGAAAAAACCGAAGGAAAAGGGUGCGCUGUACUGCCAUGCAGAGGAGAAUCCAGCGCCCAGUCCCAGCGAUCAAAAGAGGUUGAAGCCAUGCAAAAUGUGCCAAAACACAGGACACCGUCUUCGUCAUUGUGCCGAUUUCAAGAAGCUGUCGUACGCGGAUCGGUUGAAGAUAGUGACCCGUGAUAAACUGUGCCACGUCUGCCUCAACGAGCACAGCGGUACCUGUAGGUUCAAAAUUCGCUGUAGUGUCGGAGAUUGUAGGGAGCACCACAACUCUCUAAUGCAUCCCGUCGGAAACACAGUCGGCUUGAGUGCACACAUCCGAUCUAAUUGUACUGCUAUGUUUCGGAUGGUACCGGUACAGCUUCAUUGCGGUGGAACCUCGAUCACAGUACUGGCAUUCCUUGACGAGGGUGCCUCUGUAACGCUGUUGGAGCGGAAGCUAGCCGACCGACUAGGUGUCGUUGGCGUACAAGAGCGACUGACGAUUAGGUGGACGGCCGAUGUCACACGCGAGGAAAGGGAAUCUCGGCGAAUGAAUGUUUGGGCGUCGGGAGUCAGUGGCGGUACCAACGGUAAGCUGUUACUGCACAGUGUCCGGACAGUUGGAAAAUUGAUGCUUCCCCAUCAAAGACUGGAUGUCCAGGACCUUGCCGCGCAAUAUCCUCAUAUGCGGGACCUGCCAAUCGAGUCAUACGACGGUCAGCCGGAAUUGUUAAUCGGAUUGAACAAUAUCCACUCGUUUGCUCCGAUAGAAGCCAAGGUAGGGGCACCAGUUGAACCUAUUGCGGUUCGCUGCAAACUUGGGUGGACCGUAUACGGCCCACGGCACUCUACUACGGUUGGAACUGGCAAUUUCAUCGGCCAUCACCAAGCCAUAACGAACGAGGACCUACAUGAGCUCCUCAAAAGCCACUACGCUCUGGAACAGUCGGUGGUAGAGAUACCACAGGAAUCAUCGGAGGACAGGCGUGCCCGGGAGAUCCUCGAGCGGACAACCAAACGAAUAGGUGACCGUUUCGAAACCGGCCUACUGUUCAAAUCAGAUGAACCCCGAUUCCCGGACAGUUAUCCCAUGGCUGUCAAGAGAAUGAAGCAACUGGAAAAGCGACUACAGAAGAACCCGGAGCUGCAGAAUAACGUGAGUAAGCAAAUCGACGAGUAUCAGGAGAAGGGGUACGCUCAUUUGGCUACAGUGGAAGAGCUGACCGGAUUUUCACCCGACGAGGUCUGGUAUCUGCCACUCAAUGUUGUACAAAACCCGAAAAAACCUGAUAAGGUACGCUUGGUGUGGGAUGCCGCAGCCACUGUGUUAGGAGUUUCGCUGAACUCGCUGCUGCUGAAAGGGCCAGACAUGCUUGUACCGUUGGUAAAGGUUCUCUGUGGUUUCCGAGAAUGGCGACUCGCUUUCGGCGGAGAUGUGAAGGAAAUGUUCCACCAGAUGAAGAUUCGCGUCGAGGACAGACAAAAGCAACGGUUUCUCUAUAGGAAGGAUCCAAACGAUCCACCGAGUAUUUACGUCAUGGACGUAGCAACCUUUGGGUCGACAUGUUCCCCAUGUUCGGCCCAAUUCGUAAAAAACAAAAACGCAGACGAGUUCGCUGGUCGAUACCCGGAAGCAGCCGCGGCCAUCAUUAAACGGCACUACGUAGACGAUUAUUUCGACAGCGUUGAAUCCGUCGAAGAAGCAGUAAAGCUGGCGCGAGAGGUGCGUUUGGUACACCGAAAGGGAGGCUUCGAAAUCCGGAACUGGGUGUCUAACUCGCCAGAGGUGCUCCAGAGUCUAGGAGAGACGAAACCAGUCGCACCAGUACACUUUAACCAGGACAAACAAACGUCGAAGGAGCGAGUUCUAGGAGUGAUCUGGGAUCCGAACACAGAUGAAUUCGCAUUCUCUACGACCCACCGCGAAGGGUUACUUCCGUACCUGUUCGAAGAAAAGAGGCCGACAAAACGGAUUGUAGCAAGCUGCGUGAUGGGGUUCUUCGAUCCGCUCGGUUUGUUGUCACCAUUUACCAUCCACGGCAAAAUCAUCAUCCAACACCUGUGGCGUUCCAGCUGCGAUUGGGAUCAGGAGAUCGAUACCAAGUGCUGGGAGUUGUGGAAGCAGUGGACCGAGCUGUUGCCAGAAGUGGAAGCCAUACGAAUUCCACGUUGCUACAUCGGCGAUGCGAAGCGCGCUGAAGUCGAGUCAUUGGAAGUGCACAUCUUUACUGAUGCCAGCGAACAUGCGUACGGAUGCGUGGCGUACCUACGAGCGGUGGUGAGGGGCAUGGUACAUUGCAAUCUGAUGAUGUCGCGAGCGAAGGUUGCACCGAUAAAGCGGCAAUCAAUCCCUCGUCUAGAGUUAAUGGGCGCGGUUCUCGGGGCCCGUCUGAGUCAGUCGGUUUUGGAAAACCAUUCGUACGACAUCUCUCGCACCGUCUUCUGGACAGAUUCUCGCACGGUUUGUAGCUGGAUCAACUCCGACCAACAUCGCUACAAGCAAUUCGUAGCAUUCCGCGUUGGAGAAAUCCUAGAGCUCACUAAGAGCGAUGGUGUAUGGUUCAAAGGACCGGAAUUCCUGUACCGUCCAGAAGAUACGUGGCCAUCGAAAGAGUCGGUCGUUGAAGAAACGGAGGAAGAAGUACGAGGGGCAGUUUUGUUCCACGAAGUGGUGAAUGUAGAAGCAAUCUCUUCGUGGACAAGACUUCUACGAGUGACGGCUACGGUAGUGCGCUUCAUCGACAAUUGCCAGCGUAAACGUCGUGGCGAGUCGACUUUAACAACACGGGCUACGACGAAGCAGUAUCGUAUAUUAGUGAAAGCGGCGGCGAAAGAUGCGGCAGGUUCAUCAACUGGAACAGUGCAAACCCCCCUCAAGCAAGAUGAACUCAAGCGGGCAGAAAAAAUCCUGUGGCGUCAUGUGCAGUGGGACAGUUUUCCGGAUGAGAUGAGCAUUCUCACGAACAAUUUGCAACGCCAACCUGGGCAGUCGUUAGAGAAGGUCAAGAAGAAUAGCCGCAUCUACAAGUGUUCACCAGUGAUAGACGACGAAGGCGUGUUGCGUAUGGACGGGAGGCUAGCGAAUUCCGAGGAACUCCCAUUCGACAAAAAGUACCCAGUCAUCCUAUCGCGAUCGCACGAGAUCACACAGCGGUUGAUUCAACACUACCAUGAGGAGUUCGGGCACGCAAACUCCGAGACGGUUUUCAACGAAAUGAGACAGCGGUUUCAAAUUCCAAAUCUGCGUGUGGAGAUCCAGAAGGUAGCUGACAAAUGCAUAUGGUGCAAGGUGCAUAGAUGCCUUCCAAGGUCGCCGAGGAUGUCUCCAUUGCCAGUUGAUCGGGUUACGCCGAAUCGACGGCCUUUCAACUCCGUAGGCAUCGAUUAUCUGGGCCCGGUGGAAGUAGUAGUCGGACGGCGAAAGGAGAAGCGUUGGGUGGCCGUAUUCACUUGUUUAGCCGUAAGAGCAGUGCACCUGGAAGUUGUGCACAGUUUGACGACGGAGUCUUGUCGGAUGGCCAUCACUCGUUUCCGUAACAGGUUCGGGGCGCCAAGUCAUAUAUAUUCCGACAAUGCUACGUGUUUCCAGGGUGCAAACAACGAAAUGAUUCGGAUGGCGAGCAUCAAUCAACAAUGUGCUGAAAGUAUGGCCAGUCCCUCUACCGCCUGGCACUUCAAUCCUCCUGGAACGCCGCAUAUGGGCGGCAUCUGGGAACGCAUGGUGCGAUCGGUGAAGACAGCAAUGCGAGCACUGGAUGAUGGAAGGAAGCUUACGGACGAGAUUCUGGCGACAAUCCUUGCGGAAGCGGCCGAAAUGAUAAAUAUGCGUCCGCUGACCUACUUGCCGCAAGAUUCGGCAGAAACGGAGGCGCUGACCCCAAAUCACUUUCUCAGGGGAACAGUGACCUGUACCGAUACAAACACGGAAGGUGGGCCAACGGAACUUGCGGAGGUACUGCGAAAUGACUACCAGCGAUCGCAGUAUCUCGCUGACAAAAUGUGGGCUAGAUGGAUCAAGGAGUACCUGCCGACCAUCAACAGCCGAUCAAAGUGGUUCGACGACCAGAAGCCGCUAAAAGAGGGCGACCUAGUGUUCGUGGUCGACGGUAAAAACCGGAAGAGUUGGAAGCGUGGCAUCGUGGAGGCAGUGAUCAAGGGAUCAGAUGGAAGAGUACGACAGGUGGACUUAAGAACUGCAGACCGUAAGAUUCAAAGACGUGGUGUGGUGAACUUGGCGGUGUUAGAGGUUCAGUAA